AUGUCGUUACAGAAAGAAUUGCAGGGCGCUUUCUCUGGGGUCCAAUCGACCUCUGAUAUCUCUCCCGCACUCACAUACCACCCGACCUGCGGAACAACGAAACGCACCGCCGCCGAUCGUGGCAACGGCGGCGGCGGGGGCUGCGGCCGAGCGCCGCUGCACCACCUCGCCCGCCGCCGCCGCCUGCCCACCUGCACCGCUGCCGCCGCUGCCGGCGUCUCUUCCGGCUCCAUCGACAGCGACUGGAAGUGGCACGAGCCUAUUUUGGACGGCUCCUUGUCCGGCUCCGACCGAGCGGUGCUGGCGCUGGCGCGAGCCGCCGCCGCCCUGGCGGAUAAGAGCCUGGCACACCAGGCUGCCACAGCUCACGGUCUGGCCGUAGUGACGAGCUCGGACGAGUGCGUGGGGCCGCUGCUGCCGCCCUUCGGCUCCACCCUGGAAGAUGACGGCGAGGAGGGGGAUGGCAUGGCGCCGCCGCCACCGCCUUCCGCCAGAGAGGCCGUACGGCGGGAGGUCGGGGGUGGCGGCGGCGGCAAGAUGACCUCCGGGAUGGCGGGCGCCGCCAGCUCCUGGCUAAGUACGGUAUUCCCUUCCUCCGCUGGUGCCGCCGCUGCCGCCGCGGCCUCUGGGAUUGUACGAGGGUCCAGGACUGCCCCGGCUGGGGCAGCGGAAGCAGCUACGACGGCUCGGUCAUCGCCGUCGGUGUCACCAGCGUCACAAACGAUGGCGGCGGGGGCGGUGGCGGCGGCGGGGACGCGGCGUGUUGCGCCGCCGCCGGAUGUACAGCUCCGGAACCUGGCGCUGGUGGUCGCGGAGGGCGGCGGCGGCGAUGAGGACGAGGGCGAGGACGACGACGUACGGCAGGCAUUUGCAAACCUUACCUCCGGUGGUGCGAUCGGCGGGCGCGGCGGUGGAGAGGGAGCGGGGGGGAUGAUGGGGGCGGCGGCGGCGGCGCUGACUCGCGUUGCGCGGGCGGCUGCUGCGUCGGCGGCGGACGUGCCGUCGGCGGCGCCGAUUGGCCGAGCGGCGGCGGGCGCCGCCAGCGCUGCGGCGCAUGCGGCUCAUGCGGCUGUGGCUACGGCAGUGAAGGCUACUGCCCAGAUGCUUCCCAGCUACGGGGAGCCCACCUCUAGCUGGCUAGUGGCGGACGACACGGCGGGCGGCGUGCGUUACAUCGUCAUUGCGGCCGGCCCCGACUUGCGCCGCCGCACGCCGCGCGAGCUGACGACUGACCUGGUCAGCUUCGAGACGUACAACCUUGGCGCCAAAGUCAACAAGCGACUGUACGGCGAGGCGUCUGCACUGUACGGCCGAUUCAUGCCGUUGGUUAUGGACUACUUGGAGGCCGUACCGCACGGCAAUAUUUGCUUCGGGGGACAGGGAGCAGCGGCGGUUGUGGGGGCCCGCAGGCCGGGAGCAGCAGCGGCCGCUAUCGCAGGACAACAGCAGCCCCAGCAGCAAUCGGACCCCGUGAGGACGUCUACAGGGCCGAUGCUGGUCCUGGGGACAGCGGCGGCGGCGGUGGGAGAUGGCGGAAACGGCGGCGGCGGCGCCGUGACGGCUAGCCCGGCAUGUCCGCAGGUCUUCCGACUUGUAGGCAAGGUCGUGCACGUCGAGACGAUAGGCAGCUGGCGCAACAAGGCGGCGUUGACUCCAGCGACGGCGCCGACGGCGCUGGCUGUGGAUGCGGUUCUGGAGACCGACGGCGGCAGCGGAGAGCUGACGGUAGCGGCGGCGGCGGCGGCACCCUCUGCCGGAGGCAGCAGCGGUGGUGGUUUCGGAGCCGCCCACAAGCGCCUAGACGUGGCCAUGGUGGGCAGCAUCGCCACCGCCGCCGCCUCCGCCGCGGCGUCGGCGGCGGUCGACCGACUACGUCACGUCAGCACCAGCGCUUUCCGUACGGUGGCGGCGGCGGAUAAGAGCGGCCGCAUGGUUGCUGCCGCUGCCGCGCCACUGGCGGCCAUGGCGGCUGCGGCGGAGGAUGAGGAAGAUUCCGAUGUGUACGGUGUCUAA